AGCCACUGAGCUCAUCGACGUCCGAACUUGCGCGGAACGCGGAACCGCCGAGCCCAGCGAUGCUGCCGUGCCGAGCCCAGCCGGUCAAAGAGCUCUACAGCCGUCGGCUGCGGGACGCCGUACUCGCGCCGGUGGGGCCGGAGCGACGGUGCUUACGGCUCGUGCAUAUCAGUGAUACGCACGGGAGCUUCUAUGAUGUCCCGGAGGGAGACAUCCUCAUCCAUAGUGGCGACUUCAGCAACUAUGGGCUCCAGCAUGGCCUGGAAGAGGUCGAGGCCUUCGUGUCGUACUUCAAGUCGCUUCCGCAUCAGUACAAGGUUUUAGUGCCCGGCAACCACGAGCUCUACAUGGACCGUUUGCCUUUGGAGCAGUUGCGUGAGAUGUUGGGCUGCACACCAGGCAGCAACCGCUUCUUGCUGGUGGAUGAAGAGGUCACUAUUGAGGGCAUCAAGUUCUACGGCUCUCCCUGGACUCAGUGCAGCAUGGCCUGGGCGGCGACCACCGAGACGAGCCGUGCGGAGCGCUGGCGUCACAUCCCGGAGGACACCGACGUGCUCGUCACGCACAUGCCACCCUACAAGAUCUUCGACCUGGCCUGGCAGCCGGAUGGGAAGUUCUACCACUGGGGCUGCCAAGCAUUGCUGAAGCGCAUCGGCCAGGUCUUGCCAACGCUCCACUGCUUCGGCCACGUGCAUGACGAGGUCGGCCGCAAGAAUUUGAGUUUUGGCGCUGACCUGGAGGUGAUGUUCUCCAAUGCCGCGUUUGAUUUGAAGCGGACGGCCAACCUCUUCGAUUUCCAUGUGCCGGUUGAACCUCCUGCAGUCAUGGCCCCUCCCGCUGCCGCUGUGGACCCGCCUGCAACCAUGCCCGCCACGGUGGGCUACCUGCAGGUGACCGGCCAAGACUUGGUCCUGGAUUUGGAUGCUGAGGACCCUGCACAAGAGACCGUUUUCCUCUGGAAACGAUUGCCUGCCAAUCGGCCCAACCAGCUUUGGCAAUUGCAUCAGAUCGGCGACGAGCACAGCUGCCGCUAUGGGAUCCGUUCGAUGUGCAAUGGCCAGCUCUUGCAACGCAUCGGCGACGGGCUGAAGGCCAGGAGGAGUGAGUUUGGCGACGCGAUGACUUGGGCUGAAGAUGGUGUUGUCUUAGACCACAACGGCUGCACCUUGGUCUGCCCGCGGCGCCUGCGGAGCGGGCAGCUGCUGGAGAUUGCGCCUGUUCCACAUGAGGAGGCCUUGAAGCUCGAGUUUCUUCCGGUGGAAUGCUUUUAGGCCAACUCCGGUGCCCCGGGCCCCGGCUUUGUGAAGCGGGGCGUUGUGAAGCGGGGCGUAAGCGCGGUACCCUGAAGAUCAGGGCGCUGGAAGAGCUGAAAGACACUGGUUGAGCCAGUUGGAUGAUGUUGGAUGAAAGGAAGUGGAAAAGAUGGACUGGUCAUGUUGAUUGGUUUUGAUGUUAUCCAACCCUGAAUGGUUUGAAGAUUUGAAGACGAUCCAGGUUGUACAGCAAGGUUGGCUUGUGCAGCACCGCUGACCACCCUGGCUGCUGAAUCUCCAGAGAAGAGCCUUUUCUCAGAGCUGUGAGUGCGCAUGCGCGCAGCC